AUGACACCACUGCACUAUGCAGCCAUGGAAGGACAUGCGAAUGUUGUUAAAGUGUUUAUUAAUCGUGGGGCUCAAAUCAAUCUUAUGGAUAAUGAGGGAAGGACACCACUGCAACAUGCAAAUCAUAAUAAACAUUCGGAUAUCGUUCGAUUGCUUACUGAAAUUAGAACCGUCAUCAAUCCUAUGGGUAAUGGAAACUCGACGCAAGCACUCGUGGAUCACCCUCAAGAUGUUACUAAUCGUGCCGAAAAAACCAAUAAUAGAUGGGAACAAACAACAACUGUGCCUAUUCCACCCGAAGAUUCUGCUUAUUUUCCAGCAUCAGCAACAGCACCUGCAUGGCUUUCUGUGUUGCUUAUCUUUGUUUUCAUUGCCAUUUUACUAGUUGCAAAUUACAUUCACACCUCAAUUCAGUUUCACAAUCGACUGCAGAAAGGAGAUUUGAUCGGCCGUGGCCAUUUCAGUGAAGUGUAUAAGGGCGAACUUUUGCCAAUAAUAGGAUGUUCCAAAAAGAAAGAUGUUGUUAUCAAAACUAUAAAAGGCUCCAACGGAACAUCAAUCGGAACAACUGAACUAUUCGACGAAAUAAAACUUGUGCGACGUUUGCCCAAACAUCCCAAUGUUGUUAGUUUUAUUGGAGCAGUCACUAAGGAUCCUCUCGAAGGCGAAAUAAUGAUCGUUUAUGAAUUCUGCCGAUAUGGUGAUCUUAGAAGUUUCUUGAAGAAAAAUAGGCAAUGUCCAAGCGCAAGCCAAGCAGCAAAUAUAAGAAAAGGUUAUAAUAGCGUUAAAGUUAUUCCAGUAUUUGUGGAAGGAGAAAAUACUGCUGACACAUCUUUUAGUUCACCUCUAACACCCGACUUCCCAUACACAAUAACGAAUCUGCAUAAUUGGUCCACCCAAGUAGCAAAAGGUCUGAAAUUUUUGACUUCGAAUAAUCCACCGAUCAUACAUCGUGAUCUAGCCGCUAGAAACAUCUUGCUUUGUGAAGAUAAAACGGUUAAAAUUGGUGAUUUCGGUCUAUCAAGGAGAUUGAAUGGAAGCCAUUAUUAUAACAAAGAAUCAUGGGCGCCAGACCCGGUGCCAUGGAUGGCCGUUGAAUCACAUCCAGAAGAAAGAGAACAGAAAUUCAGUGUGAAAUCGGAUGUUUGGUCGUUUGGUGUUGUGAUUUGGGAGAUAUUUUCAGAGGGAGGCGAUCCAAGUUCCAUCUCAUUAUCAAACUUAAGAAGAGGCUUCCGAUUGGAAAAACCAACGAAAGCUACGGAACAAAUGUGA